UGGCGUGGAAGAGGUCGACUUUUCUAGCAAACACCGACAGAUUGGACAAAAACGGAACGAUUUCACGUUUGUCUAAUCCUAUUGUCCUUUCAAUGCCAGCUUUGUUUAAUUUACGAGUACUGACCAGUUUCCCACUGAAGAUACAUUCGCUUUAAUAGAAACAUAAGGCAGCAUUAUAUAUUGGCUAUCCUCUCGAUAAAUAUUCAAACACUUUUUAAAUAAUCUACUUCAUGAUCGGAAGUGUUUCUAUUCCUAUUCGCCGUCAAGACCUAUACCCACGAAAGUAGUCCCAAAAUAACGCCGAAGCCCUGAACAAAAUUUAUUGCUCCAAUACAUUUCACUGUGUCAAUGCAGGACGUUCUCCUUGUGUCGAGACUCUACUCUGACACAAAGUAAACAAGGUCUGAAGCGGAACAUCCUAUACACUUCGGGAGUAAUUGUUAUCAAUUGUACACUGGAAGUUCGGCAUCAUGGAUCACAGUGCGAUUAUGUGUGUAAUUUUAACGAGUAUCAUACACGUGUCACGUGGUAUGCCUGCAGACGCCACACAGAUGUGCAGUGACGUUCUGGGACUAGAUUGUUCUACAGACUAUAUAGUACACGGAGAGGAAGUUUUGUGUGGGACAAACGGAGUCACUUACAAAAACAAAUGUUUCCAUGUCCAGGCUAGAUGCAAUGACGUUACAAUAAACAAAGCGUAUGAUGGAAAAUGUCAGAAUGAUGUCACAACAAGCGUUGAAAUGACCACGACAAAAUCGGACACAACAAUGACACAGUCGGAAGUAAACACGAUAUCAUCGGAGUACGAGUUCCACCUAAAUGAAGAGUUUUGUAACAACUCACUGAACGAGCCUUGUCCAGAUGUACUGGAUCCACUUUGUGGAACCGACUUUAAGUUUUACCAGAAUGUGUGCGAGUUCCAAAAAGUAAAAUGUGUUGACAGAGACCUAGAACUCCAGCCUUUAAGUAACUGUAAGGAAGGUCAAAGGUGAAAUGUGUGGACAGACAUAGAACUUCAGCCUUUUAGUAACUGUAAGGAAGGUCAAAGGUGUAAUGUUUGAACAGACAUAGAUCUCCAGGCUUUUAGUAACUGUAAGGACAGUAAAGGGAGUCAAAAGGUGAUGAUUAGAAGAUGAAACUCUAGACGCAAACAAUGAUACAGUGUUGAAGAAAAUUAUUUAUUAAACUAUCGUUUUUAUGUUCA